AAAACAAUUUGAAUUUUAGGUUAGAAUCCUAUCAUUUGGUGUGAUGAGCACGUUAAAGUUAAAACUUUAAAACUGUAAACUGUGAAUUAAAAUUAUAUGUUCACUCUGGAUCUGCACCACGAGUUUAAAGUUUGAAGAUGUAUUCUAAAUAUGACUUUAUCUGAGUAAGAUUUAGCUGUUCAGCUGCUAAUUAAUUACUUUGUUAAAGUUAACCAAGAUUACACCAAAUUACACAUUGCCAAUUAGUAAAGGAAAAUAAGAUACUCUCUACAAUGUUAACCAAUUAACCAAUGCAGAUAUAAAAUAGUAAUCUUAAUCCUUAUCAAAGAUGAUUUCUUUAAAGUGCUGACACCAAUAAUUAUUAUUAUGUAAAAGGUCAAAAAGGUAACAUCAAGUAACAUGAUUUAUUAUGCUAAUAAAUUUCAAAGUGUAAUAAUUUUAUGAUCUCUACUGGUCCUAAAGUAAAUAAUUAAGCGAUAAUUCAACAUAGUUAAAAUGUCAUCUGGACGAAAAUGUAAAAAUUGUGGGGGCUCUGAUAUAGAAGUAGACCCAGCAAGAGGGGAUGCUGUGUGUACAACAUGUGGAUCAGUACUAGAAGAUAGUAUUAUAGUUGCAGAAAUCCAAUUUGAAGAAGGUGCACAUGGUUCUACAAGUGCUAUUGGACAAUUUGUUGCUGCUGAUUCUAAGGGAGGUGCUACAAAAUUUGGAGCUUCUUUUCAUGUUGGAGACAGUGUUGAAUCUAGGGAAAUUACCCUAAAGAAAGCAAGAAAUGGCAUCACACAUUUAUGUAACCAAUUAAGACUGAAUCAACAUUGUAUAGAUACUGCUUGCAGUUUUUUUAAAAUGGCUUUAUCUAGAAAUUUAACAAGAGGUAGAAGAAAUACACAUGUACAUGCUGCUUGUGUUUACUUGACUUGCAGAACUGAAGGAACAGCACAUUUACUCAUAGAUAUCAGUGACAUUCUACAAAUUUGUUGUUAUGAGCUUGGAAGAACAUACCUUCGACUUUCUCAAGCACUGUGUAUUAAUAUACCAUCUGUAGACCCUUGCCUGUAUAUUUUAAGGUUUGCAUCAAAAAUGCAAUUUGGAACCAAAACCCAACAAGUAGCCAAUACAGCCCUAAGGUUAGUCCAAAGAAUGAAAAGGGAUUCAAUUCAUUCCGGUAGACGACCUUCAGGUUUGUGUGGAGCAGCCUUAUUAAUGGCAGGUAGACUUCAUGAAUUUAACAGAUCUCCUGGUGAUAUAGUUAAAAUAGUGAAGGUACAUGAAUCUACACUUAGAAAAAGGUUGAUGGAGUUUCGUGAAACACCAAGUAGUGCAUUAACGUUGGAAGAAUUUAUGACCGUUGACCUAGAGGAAGAACAAGAUCCACCAUCGUUUAAAGCAGCUAGAAGAAAAGAUAAAGAGCGACUGCAGAAACUAUCAGAGGAGGAUGUUGAACAUUUUACUGAUCUACAAAAGGAAAUAGAGUUACAAUUGGAAAAUAAAAGAAAAAGUUUGUUACUUUCAACAAAGUCCAGGCCCAAAGUAGAUGAAGAACUAGAAACAAAUAUGUUUAUUAACGAGUCAACAUUGGGUACUAUAGAGAACAUAAUACAUCAAGUUUCAGAUACAACUGAACCAGAGAAGGGAUUAGGACCAGAUAUCUCUAGUAUAGGCUUACCAAAUUCUUUAGAGGAUACAUCUAAUGCUUACCAACCUCCAGAACAAUUACAGCUAGAUAUGAAUUUUGACGAUUUAGAUGACGACGAGCUAGACACAUAUAUAAUGACUGACAAUGAAGUACACAAUAAGAAAACAAUGUGGUAUAGACGGAAUGCUACUUACUUAGAAGAACAAAAAAUAAAAGCAGAAAAGAUACAAAAGGAACGGGAAGAGGGCAAGCCCGAAAAAAAGAGAAAACGAGCUACCAGAAAAAAGACUGUAGGGCCAGCAAAUUCAGCGGGGGAAGCCAUAGAAAAGAUUCUACAAGAAAAGAAAGUAUCAACAAAGAUCAAUUAUGAUGUUCUUAAAAGUCUAAAUGUUGCAACUAUUCAGAAUGAAGCUGUUAUUGUAGAUGAAGAAGAUUCGGCUGCUACGUCAGAGUCUAUAAAACGUAGAAGAUUAUCUUCAGUUUCUAAUUAUAUUGAGCAAGCUCCGGAAAAGACGUCUAAGCGGAAGACAGGUACUACUGUUGGUCUUCCAGUAUUCGAAGAGACGAAUACAAAAACAGUAAACUCUGCCAAAAAUGUAGUUCCAGCAGAAUCGGCCAAAAAGGAUGAUAUGUCUGAAGAAGAGGAAGAAUACUACGAUGAAGAGCAAGUCGAAGGAGGUGAAGAAGCUAACAAUGAAAUGGGAGUUCUUCAAAUGCUUCGGCAACAUAGAGAAGAUGAAGACGAAGCCGAUUACGGAUAUAAUUAUUUUGAAGAAGCUGACUAUUAGUAUUAUUCCAGGCAAAAUGCAGUGCAUUUAGAAUUAUACUCAAAACUUAAGUAUCGUGUAAAAAAUCGUACCUAUAUUUAUGUAUAAAUAUUUUGGAACUUUUAAAGUAAAACAAAAAUCUGCCUGAAAUUGAACGCUUUAAAUUACUCUGAAACUGAUUUCUUAUUACGGAUAUUAGUUCCGUAGUCAAUCUUGUAAAAACUCUCGAGUCUAUAUAUUUUGGUUACUUGGUAUUUGCAAAAAGGAUUUACCAGAUUUCAUUCAUAUUUUUCGAAAUAUGCUCAUUUUAUGCAACAUCAGUAGUUAACCAUAAUAUUUAAGUAAUAACACAAUAAUUUGUUUUGAUCUCUGAUAGCUUACAAUCUAUUAGGUGAAUACUGAUUAAUUCAUAUUCAUUUUUUCUGGCCCUUUUUCUAUUUAUUUAUGGAUCUUAAAAUGUUUAUUUGAAAUUUUUACUAUAUUGUUAAAAAGAGGAGAAUAUUGAGCAAAAAAUACAUUACUUUUAUUAGCGUU